AUGGAAAGAAAAUUAAGACCAGUUGCAUUAGCUUAUGUUUUAUUUGAAGAAGGAGACAUUAUUGGACAUUUUAUGGGAUAUAUUUCAAUAUUACAUUUAUUUGUAAUCGGAGGAAUUGUUAGUAUAAUUUUAUUAACAUUUGAUAAUUAUGCUAUUUACACAUUUGGAGUUAUGUUGACAAAUGAAAUAAUUAAUUACAUUCUGAAAAUACUUUUUAAACAUCCUCGUCCUCCUUUAUCACAAAAUAUUAACGAAGGAUUUCCUUCUUCUCAUGCACAGUUUUGGUGUUGUUUUCUUGUACUUUUUUGUUAUUAUACAAAUCAACAAUCAAAACUUACUUCAAUCUCAAAAAAAAUUAUUGUUUAUUGUUCUACUUUAUUAAUUCUUCUUGUUGAUUUCUCUCGUUGGUAUUUAAACGAUCAUUUUGUUUAUCAAAUUGUUGCUGGUAAUGUUAUUGGAAUGUGUGUAGGUUAUCUUGGUAUUAUUUAUUAUCCUUCAUUUUUCUCACUUCUCUCUCAAUUUAAAUUUUUUAUAAAACAAAAAUUAACCAAUUUCAAUUUGAUAACCUCUCACCAAAAAGCUUAA